AUGCCUCGUGCGAGCCCGGCUCCGGGUGCCCGGCUGCGAUGCCGAAGAGCUUGCGAUAGCUGCAAACGCCGAAAACAAAAGUGCAAUGGCGAGCAGCCCUGCACAAUCUGCGUCCAGCGACACAAGGAGACAGAAUGCCACUUCUCUGAUCGACCGGCUCGUCUGCUGAAGCCUGGUCCACCAAGUUCGGUGCUGCUUAGUGAGCGUGUGCAACCCUCGUCGCCUCAGCAAGAGACGGCCAUGGAGCACCUCCUAAGCUCGCUUGAAGACCGCCCUAUGAAUGUGGAACAAGAGGAUGGGGCUGCUCCAGUCCCCAAGGUUGCUCGCUUACUCCGGGACGGCCAAGGGAAAUAUAUGUACAUUGGUGAUUCAGCAAGUCUCUCCUUUUUGCAAAGCGUGCGUCGAGUUGUGUCUUCGUCCAUUGGGAAGUGCGAUUUUACGGAAGAUAAUUCGCGCCACUCGAUGCUCGAGGCAUUUCAGAGCAACCCAGGCAGCCAGGCGGGCCCUCUCGUUCCUCCACCUAGUAAUGACGACGCCCAGAAGCUCGCUCGUCAGUAUGUUCUAGCCACAAAGCCCUUGCUGGAUCUCUUCGAUCUUGAAGAAUUCCAUCCGCGCCUAGCCAAUUGGGUAGAUAACCCGACGGGUGAUGAGGAUACUGUCAGCUCCAUAUUCUAUCUCGUGCUAGCCAUUGGCGCCCAGGUAUCAGACACCAACCAAACAGCCGCUGAGCAAUUUUUCGGCAGUGGACGCCAGUUGGCCUUUUCGGCAUUUCAAGAGACACCCAGUAUCCAUACAAUCCAGUCAUACGUUCUUGUAUCCAUGUACAUGCUCGGAGCGUGUCGGCGCAACGGAGCAUUCAUGAACCUCGGCAUUGCAUUACGAGCUGCCUAUGCUGUUGGGAUUCACCGAAAAGACGCAAACGCUCUUUUCAUUGGGCGUGAGCGACGGGCCAGAGAGCGAGUGUGGAAGAGCCUUCGGAUGAUGGAUCUAUUCCUGAGCGCUUCCCUGGGGCGGCCGCCGGCAACUUCAGACUUCGACUACGAUAUUCGAGACGAUGUAACCAUAAGCAAGAGCCAACACGAGCCUGAGGCGAUGGGCACGGAAAAACAGCUCUCUGUUGCCGUGAUUGCUUUGUGUCGAAUUUUCGAGCGCAUUUUGACUGAUGUCUAUAUGAAACAGGUGAUUUCCAUCCAUGCGGCGGAAUCAAUAUCCAACCAGCAUCGUGCUUGGGUGCGGAAUCUACCAGCAGUCCUCAAAGCUCAGACAGAGAAGCUCACCGACACGAAUAUGGAAGAAAGCCUGGCAGCAGGGCAUGUCUUUGGCGCUUACUAUUGGUCGAUCAUCUUGCUCACGCGGCCAUUCUUUGUAUACCGAGUUGCUCAGUACGUGAAGUGCAAGAUUGAUCCAUCGAGGCCCCUAGAAGCACCCAAUGGGAGUUCCCGUAUCUCCUUGUUUGCAGAUGCCUGCGUUUAUUCAGCGCUGCGUGGCCUAGACGUGAUGGAUGGCCUUACUCGCUUCCCCUCUCUACCACGACGUCUCCCAUUUUCGAUAAACACUGUUUUCAACUCUGCAGUGGUGUUGGGUGCUGCAUUCUUCGCGGAUUAUGAUAACUUGUUGCCCCUUGAAGAAGGACUGAACAAAGCAGAGCGGUUCCUUGAGUUAUUCGUGCCCAAUGACCCGCAUGCCUGUCGCUUCUCCCAGAUCAUCAAAUAUCUCCGAGCUUCAGUGACAGAAUACGUGCAGCGGCGAAACCGCCAGUGGAUGGAGCGACGGAGUAAACAAGUCGAUCAAUUAUUCGGCCAGGUCGGGGGCACUGAGACUCCUGCUUUUGCUCACCCUUCGGGCCUAGAACCCUUUACACCAACUCGGCCAGGUGGAACACAGAGGCCUUCUGCGGUGGCGUCUCCAAUCUCGCUCGAUAAGUUCGCCAGUGAAACUCCUGCUUUCGUGAACCCGCAGUCACAGAUUCCUGCCGGGGGUUCGCAGCAACUCGGAUGUGAUGUCUGGGACACGCUUUACAACUUACCAGAUGCUGCAGCCAAUUUUCCAUACGAUCCUUCCCUUCCAGCGUUAACGACGUCGGGGAUCCCAGUAAGUUACUCGCCUGGCAGUACCAUCCCAACGCGGCAGCCGCCAGCGGCGAAUGGCCCGUCGCCGCUUUCUGAUAUGAUCUUCCCCGAAAACGGGCUGCUGUACAUGGCUGAGGAUCUUCCCAUGUUUGGGAUAUGGGACGAAUCGUGA